GGCAGCUUUUCUGACCCUUACAGUCCUAUUCUUAUCUUGAGUUCAUCAUAAGAUCUAGACGAUGUCCUCUGGAACAUCUGCGCAGCAGUUUAUCACGAAGCUCAUGACUUCGCCGCAGAACAGGGCGUUAGCUAUGGAGGCUGACACGGUUCGGGGGCUUUUGGGCUUCGCUCGCCAGCUCCAACCUGGCGAUCCAAAGCACGUAGAAUACCGGGGAAAGAUUAGCCAGAUAUUGUUCGUUCGUGUACAAACCCUCAUACCUGCGGCAACAAUGUUCGACCCCAUUUUCCUGUCAGCAGCGGUAGAGAUAACCACCGUCUGCCAGAACAAGCAGUGGGUCGGCAUACCCAACUGGCAAAAUAUUAGAGAAGAUGACCCAAGGAUCGCAAACCACCCACUGAUCCACAAGACGUGGUAUGUUCAUCCGGAUCAACAGAUGUUGCAGGCCCUCCCUGAGGGUGUCCUACUACUUGCUGACCCACCCACUGCUGCCGAUGAUGUUCCUUUAAUCACCGAUAAUACUUCCGUGGCUUCCAGCGCAGUUAGCGAGCGCCGUCUGCGUGCCUUUGGCCCUAAGUCUCAGUCUCGUGCGGAUGAGAAUGACGAAGAGGAGGAAACACUAUCGACCGACCAGUCUAAGGGCCUGUCCAAUCACCGGGGGUCUAAGAAACGGGGCUCUGAGUCACAAACAUCGCUUGCAGGAGGUAUGAGGGAUGGGGCGCACAAACGAAUCUGUGCAGACACCAAGUCCAAUACCGUUACCAAGAUGGGAGAACGCGUAUCCAAGGGAGUGAUAUAUGUGCAACACCCUGGAGCGAAAACCAAAACACCGACAGCUUUAUCUUUGAAGGCAAAUGACAAUUCGGCCAACACCUUGACAACACGACCGGGCACCGUCAGCGCCACUGAUCCCUGUCCUCGUUGUGCCAGGGAAGGCAAGAUAUGCAGGAGAGCCAGGGGCAAGACUGGCCUCCUGCUGGUUUGCACUGCAUGCAAGCAACUGAAAAAAAAGUGUGAGUUGGAUGUCAACCAGCUCACCAAGCAACGAGGAAAGUCGGGCUUUCGAGGCGGCCUUCAUUCUCGAUCAUCGGAGAGGGUGAAGGCGCGGAAAAUGUCCACUCGCCGCAUGGGCACUUCUGUUGUGCAGCGAAAACAGCCUAGAGUCGUCAUGAGCUAUGUGUCAGUGCCCCAGCUUCCUAUCUCAGCCCCCGACUCCACAACCGUGAGGCUGAGCAACGUGAAGAGAAAGAUGAGUAGCAUGGAGAGUGUGAUCGACCUCCUCCAUCACGAGAUUCAGACACUCCGCACGAUCAUCGAUGCCUCGAACUGACAACGCAAUUCUUACGGUGUAUACAUGGCUUUGAUUUCACAUUAAGCUAUCCUAGCCGAAGUACGGUCGAUUUACCCCCCUUCCCAACUUCUUCGAGUGUUAAGCUUGAGCGUAUACCACUAUCCACAACCGGACUCGCGACCCGAGUUGUGGAUGCACUCAAUGAUAUUGUUCUAGCAGUCACCCUUUCUUUACACUUUCAUGCCUUAUGCCUCUUGAUACCAUUUUUUCAGUUUUAUGACUAGCCGAUUGAUGCCUUGUCACUUCAGUUCAUGCCUACGCCAAUUGAUACUCAGUUUACUUACCUCGAUCUUACGUCAUGCAUUAAUUACUACUCUUUGCAUUCGCCCCCA